GGCCCAUGUACAUACAAAUGCGGAAAAGGGAAAGACCCUUAUUUGUGUUACCGGGUCUCUUUCCCAACUAUUUUUCAUUAAAAAAAACCUCUCUCUUCUCUCCAUCUCUCUUCCUCUCCCAAUUUCCCCACCGCCCCUCUCAAUCAGAGAAACAAGAGAGUGAACUCGUCGAUGUAGGCUCUUCAGUACUGGAUAAACUCAAAGAUCUGUACCUGAAGAAGUUAUGGCAUCAACCUUCUCGAGCUACAAAAGUUCAUUGCUCUCAUAAGUUCCAGGGUUUGUUUUACCACCUCCGCCGCCGCCCAACACCGCCCUACCCAGGUUGUAGAAGACUAAUUCAGAGUCUACUCUCACCGCCUCUCACCGCCUCCAAGGAAGCUCAGGUAUCCCGAUCUCAUCUCUUUAAUAUAAUGUUUUAAUUUUUUUUACAUUUUUUUGUAGAAAUGUUAAUUAGGGUU